UGAGAGAGGCGCUAGGUGGUUUGCAUAAAGAGGAAGCAUGUCAACACAGCGCUGUUGUCAGCCAGCUUCUUCUUCUUGUCAUGAUGGAGGUGAAGGUGGUGGAGAACAUCUACCUGCUGGUGCUGGUCACCCUCCUCAGCGUGCUGCAGAACGCUUUCUUUGCCCUGAAGGUGGAGAAGGAAUGUAAGAUCCACAACACCCACACCUCCGCCUUCGAGAGAGUGUCCUGUGCCAGCCGCAACUGCAUGGACGCCUACGCCACUUUCCUGGCCGUCAUGUGGUGUGCCGGCCUUUGUCUGAGCCAAGCUCCUGCUGCCUUCGCUGGUCUGAUCUACGUGGUGGUCCGACACAAGUACUUUGUGGGCUACAUGGGGCAGAGCUGCCAGAGCACGCCAGGUUUCCUGUUUGGCAAACGCGUCCUGUUCUUCCUGCUGCUGAUGUCCAUGGUGGGCAUCGUCAACUACCUGCUGGUGUGUGUGUGCGACGACAACAACUACACGGGCUACUUGGAGACCAUCACCAAGGCUGCCUCCGCCCUGCUGCUCAUCCCGUGAAGCCUCAGACUAAAACGCUUCUUUUUCCUCAUUUUUAUUACAAAUACAUUUAGUCUGGUAUAAAAAUAAACAUUUGCUCGAGCUUCUUCUUGGCUUCUCCACCUCGCUUCACUCCGCCUGGAAGGUCUUCUGCGAAAAG